AUGUGUGGAACGAUCGAGCAAGAUCCUGAAGGUGGACACUCGUUCGUGAAGAGGAAGGACUUGACUCUGAGGCUGGUCGUUCAGAAGCUGGAUUCGCCUGAUGAGGAACACCCGUCUUUGGAUGAGCUCGAAAAGGCUCACUUUGCCUGCCAAGCGCUGGGCGAUCUUGAUCUAUGGAGUAUCCCAACGAUGAGAUGGGGUGAGAGACCGGAGGCCGACCCGAAUUGCAGUCCCACUGUCGCAGCGUACCAGAUCAACCUCGCACGUGAUGGUCUCGUCUUCAGCAUGCAUUCCCACCAUUACGCAAGCGACGUGAUGAGCUGGAGCAACUUCACCCAUCAGCUUGCCGACAACUGCUAUGCCAUUGCCAACAGCACCCCCUUUCCGCCCUGGGACCCGAAGUGCAACGACGUUGCUCGAUUCACCAGGGAUCUGCCCGAAGAGGAGCUCGUCGACGGCCCUCCGAUCCCGCAGCGCCACCCAGAUCACCCGGAGCAGCAGUGUAUCCUUGUCCACCUUCCCAAGAGCAAGGCCAACCAGUUGAAAGAGCAGGCUACUCCGAGCGACCCAGCGGCGCAAUGGAUCUCGACAUACGACGGCAUGUGUGCCUACAUCUGGCGCCUGCUUUCCAAGGCCGUCAACAUGCGUCCGCGUAUACACAACCCGCCGGUGCCGGAGCGCAUGCUACGCAACGUCCUCGCGGGCGCCUUCUCCGACACGGCCCCGGUGCCGGCGCCCACGGCCGGCGAGGUCAUCUCCGAGGCGCCGCUGUCCAAGCUGGCCGGCUACAUCCGCGCCCUGACCGAGUCGUGCACGGAGCAGCACCUCGAGAACCUCAUCGCGGCGAUCGCGCCCAUCCGCGACAAGCGGUCCAUCAGCCUGCGCGUCGACGCGCACCCGCCGAUGAGCAUGUCCGUGACGGACCACCGGUCGGGCGACGGCUCGCUGAUCACGGCCGGGCUGAUCCUGGUCUACGCGCCCAUCAGGUCGGGGGCCGACCCGGAUGAGGGCUGCAUGUUCACCUUCACCAUGGAGAAGGAGCUGGUGCCCAAGCUCCUCGAGGAUUCUGAGUGGAACGCGUACUUUGACUAUCGGGGCGGGGACUGA